CAUUACGAUGACGAAAACGCGAUAAUACGACAGUACGAUGAUGAUAAUGCGACAUACUAUCGUGUUUUCACCAUCGCACUGUCACGUUUUCACCGUCGAAAUAUCGUGAUACCGCGUUUUCGUAUCGUGUAUCGUACUGUAACAUUAUCAUCAUCGUACUGUCGCUUUUUCGUUAUCAUAGUUUCGUGAUUUCGCGUUCUCAUCAUCGGCCUACCGAGUAUUGCGUUUCAGAUCAGCACAUUCACAGGCGAUGGCCUUAACGGAAUACCGUACAUAGCUGAGUUAAUUGUUCCUCUAUUGGAUUUAGAAGGGAAUAACUUAUAGAAACGAAUCAAUAUUUACAAGCUAUUUUGAAUGGGACGUGGAUCAUAACAUGGCGAUAUUACGGAAUAUAAUUGUCCUUGUGUGUUUUGCUCAUUUCUUUGUUCAGGGUGGAGCACAAGGCAACUUCGAUCUGAACGACAAUUACAAAUGGUCCGGUUAUAGCGAGAAGCCCUUCAAGUUUAGAAACUUCGAGGACACUGAGGACGCUGGUUAUCGUUACCGGAUAACCCAAAAUGGUCCAGAAUAUGGAAUACCAAUCGAUACGCCUGGCAGUAAGAAACCAUUCGAAGGUGCAUUCACUUCCAACGUUCCGACCACCUCUCUGCCUAGCAGCUCACCAAUGCAAAAGUUUGAGAGACAUUUCAAGAUAGAAGAAGGAGUUAAAGAUUCAGGCUACAUGGAAUUUGAGAAGAAGAACACAGUUGGUGUUCGUAAUCUGAAGGCCCAAAAUGUUCCAGAAUUUCGAAAACCAGUCGAUACGCCUGUCAGUAAGGAACAGACCCGUUCUAACGUGAAGACCUCUCUGCAUAGUUCACAGAUGCAAAGACUUGAGAGACAACUCCAUACAGACGAAGGAGAGAAACAUUCAAUCUACCUGGACACAAAGAAGAACCCAACAUUUGGUAUUGGUCAUAAGAUAACCCGAAAUGAUCCGGAGUAUGGAAAACCAGUCGGUACCACUGUGAGUGAGGAACGGGUGUACGCGGUAUUCAAAACUGACGUUGCGGAAGCUGUAAAGCAAACCCAGAGGUUAUAUGGCUCGAAAGGUCUGACCUGGCCAAGCGAAGUGCAGGAUAUUUUGGCCAACAUGGCCUUCAACAAUGGAAUAGGAAACCUAGAGGGGUUCAAGAAGAUGAAAACGGCUUUGGAUGACCGUAACUGGCAGAAGGCUGCAGAUGAAAUGGAAAAAAGUAAAUGGCACAAAGAUGAUCCGAAUAGAGUGGGUCGACUCGUGAAGAGGAUGCGAAAUGUGAAGGAGAAAUAACAACCCUGAGAAACGGCAUUGUUAUUUUCUAACUUGUGACAUCAUUGACUUUCAAAUCAUAUUUCUAUUUUGUAAACUUUUCUAUCGAACCGUGAAAUGAUUUAAUUAUAUAUAUUUAUAGUAUUGCACGUUCUUUGGUUCUUGUUUAAUCGUAAGUUUAAUAUAUUUCUUAAUAUCUUACACGUUUUUAUUGUGUGAUAUUGUAAAUCUUGUAAGAUAGAAAAUCGAUUUGCUUUGCUUUCUUAUUGUAGGAUUCCGAUUGAGAUCUGACCCCAAUUUCUCGAAAGUUCUUGAGCUUAAUUCACUUAAGUAUCUUAUUUCAUUUGGCAAAUUUAUUAACUUAAAUAUGAGUUUAUGAAACAAAGAGUAAUUUAUUCUUAUUCAUCUCAAACAUCAUAUCCUUUAAAUGCCUCAAAACUCUUUAAAAUACGGAAUAUUACAAAAAUUAUACCAAAUAAAAAACAGUGUGCUGAGCUUGGUCUUGUUAUAGCUGACAUCAGAUGUGUUUCGAGAAAUUUGGGCCCGGCUAAUUGAAACACAGCGAUUUAAAGAUUUAGAUGGGUAAUUCUGCUUAAAACAAUAAAUAACAUCUUAAACAGAAUUAAAAUGCUUAGUAUGUACAACCAGACUAUGUGAUACUAACGACUUUAUCAUUUGAAUAUUCAUUUCCGGUAUGUGCCUUUUUUAUUUCUUUUCGCAGAAUACAUUGGAAAUUUGUUUCGUCUAUACUUUACUCGUACAAGUAAAUAAAUGUUAUACAUGAGAA